CCGACCAUCCUGAGGAGAGAGAGAUAUUCUCAUUGUUGUGGAAAUGCUUUCACAACCUCCAAAGUAUUGCAACAUCAGCGAGUCAAGGAGAGAAAUUGAGGUCUUUGCAGGGGGGAAAAAAGAAAACAGGAGAAAGAGAGGCUAAACGAUAUAUAGAGGUCAAAUAUUCAGAAUUUAUGGUUCCAAAGGUAUCAUAAGUGGAGAAAGAAUGUUGAACUCUGAUCUGUGUGUGUGGGCAUAAUUAUGUUUGUGCUUAAUAUGGUGGAAACUGUGAUAGAUUUUUUUCAGGAUUCUUUGAUAAAGUUUUUUAUUUGAAAUAGAAAUCUUUUAUAACAUUAUAAAUGUCUUUACUUUUGAUCAGUUUAACACAUCCUUGCUUAAUAAAAUCGUUCAAAAAUCUUACAGACCCUAAUUUUUUGAAUAGUAGAGUAAGUGUAGGUGUUUUAAUGCAAAUUUGCUAAUUGUUGUGCUGUUUUCUAUUCUAUAUCCCUUAAAAUAUUAUAUAUAUAGUCUACUAUUCACUGUUAAAGCUUCAAUUUCUUGGCAAUCACGCCCUUCCCAUCAUCUCACAAAAUAAUAAAUGCUUAUCUCUGCUAUAUGUCAGUCUCUGAAUCCUAAAAUAUGACUUCACCUGCACGAUUUUCCUUUCCUGACUCUCCUUGCUGCACAAGGUUUAAUAAUAGCACCAAGUCCCCACAGAGCCAGAGAAUCAGGCCAAUACAGUCUGAAAAGUCAGUUUUGCCCUCUUGUGGCAGGUGCAUGUUAUAACAAGUUUCUACAAGUGAGGGCAUCAACCUGCAGGGGUCCUCAUGAAACAAGAAGAGAGAGAGAAAAGAGAAGAGGAACAAGCCAAAAAAAAUCCCUUUAAACAUCCACUAGAGAUAAACCGAGCAUGCUCAGUUCCGCUUCGCUUUUCAGAUGUGUGUGUGCAAGCAGGCAGAAGGAGACAGAGGGGUGUGUGAGGGUUUGCUACUGAGCAGGAGUGGGAACGAGUCAGUGGGGACCAGAGACACGGGCUGAGCUCCAGUGGCAUGGCAGGAAGGAUGGAAGAGGGACAGUGAAGUGGAUCCAGGCACCACCAGCCCAUAUAGGGAUGCUGCUAACACUGCUGUUCUAUCUGCGAGUGAAAGAAUCGAUCUAUCGCCGUGGAGCUAGACGAUGGAGGAAGCUGUACCGGGUGAACGGACACCUCUUCCAGGCCAAGCGCUUUAACAGGAAAGCGUACUGUGGCCACUGCAGCGAGAGGAUAUGGGGACUGGGGCGUCAGGGCUACAAGUGUAUCAACUGCAAGCUACUGGUCCAUAAACGCUGUCACAAGCUCGUCUCACUGACCUGUCAAAGGCAUAUGGAUCCAGUCAUGCCAUCACAGGAGCCGUUGGUAGAUGAUGAUAAAAGUGGAGAGGAAGUGGAGCUCCCCCCUGAGGACCCUGAAGAAACAGACGCAAUUCCAGUCCCUUUCUUAGCACACAACCGGAAAGUGGAGAAAGCUGAAGAUGAUGCAGAGGAUCUGAAGGCGGUGGUGGACGGGAUCGAGGGGAUUCAGAUCUCUCAGUGUCUUGGCCUGGGGGACUUUGACCUGAUCCGGGUCAUCGGGAGGGGCAGUUACGCUAAAGUGCUGCUGGUCCGACUCAAGAAGAACGAACAGAUUUACGCCAUGAAGGUGGUGAAGAAAGAGCUGGUCCAUGAUGAUGAGGACAUUGACUGGGUCCAGACAGAGAAACACGUGUUUGAACAAGCAUCGACCAAUCCAUUCUUAGUGGGACUUCACUCUUGCUUUCAGACAGAAAGCCGGCUGUUUCUAGUGAUUGAGUAUGUGAAUGGAGGAGAUCUCAUGUUCCAUAUGCAGAGGCAGCGGAAGCUUCCAGAGGAACAUGCCAGAUUUUAUGCUGCUGAAAUUUGCAUCGCUCUUAAUUUUCUGCAUGAGAAGGGCAUUAUUUACCGGGAUUUAAAACUGGACAAUGUACUAUUGGACCAGGAUGGCCAUAUCAAACUUACAGACUAUGGCAUGUGCAAGGAGGGAAUCAGACCAGGUGACACCACCAGCACUUUCUGUGGGACGCCCAACUACAUCGCCCCAGAGAUCCUGAGGGGAGAGGAUUACGGGUUCAGUGUUGACUGGUGGGCCUUGGGUGUGCUCAUGUUUGAAAUGAUGGCAGGCCGAUCUCCCUUCGACAUCAUCACUGACAAUCCUGAUAUGAACACAGAGGAAUAUCUCUUCCAGGUAAUUUUGGAGAAGCCGAUACGGAUUCCCAGGUCAUUGUCUGUUAAGGCUGCGAGUGUGCUGAAAGGUUUUCUGAACAAGGACCCGAAAGAGAGGCUGGGAUGCCAAGUUCAGACUGGAUUCACAGACAUCAAGGCUCAUACGUUCUUCAGAAGCAUAGACUGGGACCAGCUGGAACAGAAGCAGGUGACGCCACCGUUCAAACCUCAGAUCACAGACGACUACGGUUUAGAAAACUUUGACACGCAGUUCACCAACGAACCCGUGCAGCUAACACCAGACGACGAGGAUGUGAUAAAGAGAAUAGACCAGUCUGAGUUUGAGGGAUUCGAGUACAUUAAUCCUCUGCUGCUCUCCACUGAUGAAACCGUAUGAGGGAAGAACAAUACGGCCGAUGUUUCUCUGCCUUCGGCUCCACGAGACUACUACAGCUGAGUUUAGCUCAGACUAUGUGUUCACAGAGAAGACUUUUCCUUCAAACUGCGUUAAAGACAAAAAGCAACACUAAAAGACUUCAAGUUUCUGACCCUCCCUGAGUUAUUUUGGGGUUACACUGGAAGAAGAAACGACUGCAGGAACUUCAGAAAACAAAUUCAGAACUAUUCCCCAGAUUUCAGCUGUUGAUUGUCUUCCUGCUUCCCAGCAUCCUCUUUAAUUUCAACAACCAUGUUUGUGUGAGUGUGCGCGCACUGUUGCCUGGGACUCGAGUUAGCUCCAUCUGUGUGCCUGCGUCCUUCUGAGACUACAUUUCCCAUCAACCCUAGCUAAAUAUGACAGUUCUAACUUAAUGUGCACUUUUUUAUUUUCUGUUCGACUUUUUUUUUAAUUCUCUUUAAUCUUGUAUGAGGUGCGUCCUCAAGCAAAACAAGAAUGUAUAAUGUUUAAAAGUAAAUGUUGUAUUAUAGUGUAGGUAGCCAAUCGAAGAAUUUAUGAUGCCUUCUAUGAUGCAAAGUGGCACAUUUUAAUUAAUGACCAUGAUGGUUUCCUAAACAGUGGGUAGCUGUGCUUCAGACCACAGGCUUUUAACCACCCAUAUGUUGAUUUUACAGAGUAAAUAGGAGAUAAAAUGUGUUUUUUUUGAAGAAGUGCCUCAAAGAUCCAAAAUUCACCAUGCUCCAAACUGCUCUGAACUCCAUGUUAGAUCGGAGUUGAUUUUCCAAUGCACCAUCCAAUGAGAAAUGUGAGCUGCAGGUGUUUAUUUUGUUUUAUUUUAUUUUUUUAAUCGACAUAAACACUGAUACAUACGUUGAAACCAAGACAUGAAGGUUAGACACUGAAUAAUCACAAAGCCCAAAUACAUCAGACUGGCAGUAAUAUUACCAACCUAAACUCAUUGGAAAAAUCUGCCUUUACCUACAUUUUUGCAAAACUAUAUAUACAUUUCACUACAGUUUCCAUCUGAAAUGAACACUUUUCAUGCAAAUUAUGAUUACAGUGGCAGAUUUUUGAUUAAUAAAGUCUUAUUUUCUAGCAGUUCCUUGCACAAUACUAUGUUACGACCUGAAAAGACUUUUACCAUAGUGCAUGAUUUGAAAACUUUUUGACGCGUGCAGUACGUUAUCAGCUCCAUAUGGCUUUUCUGAUACAGUAAACUUGCUUGGUAGCUCAUCUGGUACAGCAUUGCAUAUGCGGGUAGAUGUGGAGUGCUUGGGUAUGAGUCCUGUGAAACACGCGUCUUGAUAAAAGAGCUCAAAGACAUGUAGAAGAAAGCUGACCCUAUGACUCACAGUUGGUUAAGUUUAAUAACUAGCUAGACCGCCUUCUGUAUUCAACUUACGAAGAAAGUGUAACUGACAUCGGUCUGGCGAAAUCUAGUUAUUUUACUUUAUAACGUGUUAAAUAUGGAUAUCUUUCUUGCACAAACGCAUCGCUUCGCGUCAGAAGGCCUUUAUUAACCCCCUGAAGCCGUGUAGAGUACGUAAGCAACGUAAUAUUUUGCAAAAAUGUUGCCACAGGCACGAUUUUCCAAUGAGCCUAGGUUUAAUAUUAUAGUAGCAUUCUUUACAACAGCACACUAUAUUACUCAAAUGGCUGCUCCUCACUCCGAUAAGGGGAUUUUGUGUUGUUGUACUCAUGUGAUGUGUCAAUAACAUGCUUUUGAGAUGUUGUGGAAGGCGAGAGAACACAAACAAGGGGUUUGUACAUCAUGUCUCUGGUGUUAAUGUGGUGGUAAUGUGAAUCUCAGAUGACCUCAACACAAGGGGGAACCCAUUCAACCCAUUACAACACUCAAUAUAAAACACAAUUAGCACAGAAUGCUAAUAUAUGCUUAUAUAAUUUGUUGACAGGCUGUGUUCGGAAUAGAAUUCUAGCCUACUACUUGUAGUAGUAUAUGUUGUAUUCUGCUAUUUUUACUAAUAGUAGGUGAAACGAUUUUGUCGAUAAACAUUAGUAUGCUACACUGUCACAAGGUAUCUUGUGAUGUUGCAUAUAAGCAACUUAUAAUGGCUGUUUCAUAAUCUAAAAUGUUGUGUAAAAAUGCUGUUUGACAAAAUAAUGAGCCAAAAAAGAUUGAAAUUGAAGGUCAAGUUUGCGCAUUGCAUUCUGGGAUACAUUCUGCACUGUGUGUCUUGGCAAAUGUAGUAGAUCAUCUGGGUAUCCCGUGCAUACUGUGAACAGUAUACAUACUGCAAAGCUGUAGUGAGAGUAGCAUGUUAGUAUGCUAUUCCGAACAUAGUCAUAUACACUUCUACAAACUUUUCCUCUAGGGAAACACAACUAAAGCAUAAUGUCUCUUAAAAAGCUUUAAAUUUCACUUCAAAACAGCCAAUCACAGGCUAGCUUGACUGAUUAAUCCCUCACAGUGAUAAAGUAUGGUGUUAUUAAGCAACUAGAUAUGUUUUCUAUCUUCUGUUGCAUUUAAUCUCCCAAGUUUUGGGUUUUUUAUUUGCCCCUUUUCUUGAAGAGUGAAGACGACACUCUUAGAUGUGAAUGCUUUGAAGAAAUCAGACCUGUAUGAAGAAUUGCUGCCAUGUUAACAGGAUUAAUUAGCUGCUUUUGUGUCAGACAGUAGCGAGAUUAGCAGACGGGCUAAGAACAAAGAACGGCCCAGGAGAUAACAAGCGUGACGAACGUAACGAUAACGAGGCAGAGAGAGCAAAGCCAGAUUAGCCCACCGUGUUUUCAGCUCUCUAAUGAAAAGCUGGUACAGAAACAGCCACCAAAUUUCCACUCUUUAUGAAUGAUAUAUGGAUUGUUUAUGACAGAAACUUCAGGUCAAUGCAAACUGCCAACAAGUGGCAUUCGAGUAUAGUUUGCUGGUGCGAAUUUUCAGGUUCGUGACGUAAAAUUUUCCUUCAUUUUCAUUCCUGUAAAGUGAUGAUUAUUCGUACAAGCUGUUUGAAUAACAGGUACUAUAUAGUAUAUUACAAAGGACCAAGUAAUAAACCAUCUUCAUCCGACCAAUCUAAUUUUCCACCAGCUCAAGCUAAUGUACAGAAUCCACAUGAAACGGUCAGAUUUAUGAUUGUCCUUUGUUUUGGUUUUAUUCAUGUUUAUAUUUGAACUGGAAUAAGUUUAGCAUAAUUGUAAAUAUCUGUAAUUUAAACCUUCAAAUUUUCACAAAAAGAGAGAAAUAAAUCUGUUUCUGCACCAUAAGAGAUCUCUGAAUCAACUGUCCCAACCGCUAGUCUCAAACUUAGAGCCCGAGACUGCAAUAAAAUACAAGUUCCUGUCCCUGAAAACAUUUUUAGGAAGAAAUUUCCAUUAUUUAUCAACUUGCCAAAUACAAAAGCCGCCGCAAGCCGUUUUCUGCUUUUCUUUCUUUUUCGGUUCUUUCCUUAUGUUGAGUCCAAAGCAAAUUACGCUCUUAUCAAUGUGCUACAGGGGAAUACUUUUAUAUUUGAAGUGUUUGUUUUAUAAAUUAUUGUAAAUGAAAGCUCCAGUAGAGUUUCUGUGGGCUGAGGGGAAGAGAGAGAGAUGUGAACAUGUCUUUGGUUUUAUGAAGUUAAGUCUUAAGCAUCUUAGAUAACAACUGUAAAUCAGUAAAUGUUCAUUGUAAUGAC